AUGGCAGACCGCCAAUUCAACAUCGCCGUCCUGAUAUCCGGCAACGGGUCAAACCUGCAAGCCCUAAUCGACGCCUGCGCAUCCGGCGCGCUCCCUAACACACGCAUCUCACACGUCAUAUCAAAUCGCAAAGCAGCAUACGGCCUCACGCGCGCAGCAAACGCCUCAAUACCCACAACAUACCACAACCUCGUACCGUACAAGAAAGCCCACCCGACAGACACCCAACGCGCCCGCACAGCCUACGACGUCGACCUCUCGUCUAUAAUCCUCGCGUUGGACCCGCGGCCCGACCUGAUUGUCUGCGCGGGCUGGAUGCACAUCGUGACGCCGUCGUUCCUCUCGCCCAUGGCAGACGCAGGAAUCAAGAUCAUCAAUCUGCACCCCGCGCUGCCGGGCGAAUUUGCGGGCGCGGGCGCGAUUGAGCGCGCGUGGAGGGCGGGGAGGGAAGAGGGGUUGGCGCGCACGGGCGUUAUGAUUCAUGAGGUUAUUGCCGAGGUGGAUGCGGGCGAGGCGAUUGUUACGGCUGAGGUGGCGUUACGGCGCGAGGAGAGCUUGGAGGAGCUCGAGGCGAGGAUUCAUGAGGUCGAGCAUGGGCUUAUUGUUGAGGGGACGAGGAGGACGCUUGAGGGGUUGGGGAAGAAGUAA